AUGGCACGUAUCGGCCACGACAUGAUGAUUCGAACACGACGAGACGCCUUUUGCAGCUCAGCUUACAGCACUGGUAACGGUGCAAUGACGUGGUCUCCGGGCAACGCGGGAGACACGGACGGCAGUGCAGAUGCGUUCCAUGUGACGUCGGACGACUCGUCGUCGGACGAGGAGAACAAGGCCGCGCAGGCCAUUGAGAACGUCGAAAACUCGGUGGAGCGACGUAUCUUCGACUGCCGCUUCCUCACGCUGCUCGCCGUCGUGGGCUCGCUCGUUGGCUCCGCCAUAUGCUUCAUCAAGGGCUGUCUCUUCGUUCUUGAGUCGCUCGUCGAGUUCGCCACGGCGUGGUGGGGCAUCGGAUCAGGCAACGUCAUUCUCCUGCUCGUCGAAGCCGUCGACGUCUACCUUAUCGGAACGGUCAUGCUAAUAUUCGGCAUGGGCCUCUACGACCUCUUUAUUCAUAACUUCAACGUCGAGCCCGCUACCACCGGUGACUCUGGCGCACACCGCUCCGCGCACGGUGCAAGCUCCGUCAGCAGGUCGGCGGCGCCCGCCGACCCGUCUCUCCCCACCCACGCGCAGCAGCAGCAGCAGCAUCGGGGGCAGCAGCGCGGGAAAGGGCGUGCGCGCGGAGCAGGAGCGCGCAGGAGCCUCGGGUCGAACCUGUUCGGGCUGUUCCGCCUGCAGUCGCGACCGUCGUGGCUGGAAGUGAGCUCGCUGGAUGAAAUGAAGACUAAGCUAGGCCACGUGAUUGUGAUGAUCCUGCUUGUGGGAACGUUCGAGAAGAGCAAGAAGGUGGUGGUGGCUACGUCUAUGGAUUUUCUGUGCUUCUCUCUGGGAGUCUGCUUUGCUGCUGGCUGCCUGUUUCUGCUGACGAAGCUGCACCUGCACCAUGGCCAGGAGCAUGGCGGGCAGGGGCAUCAUGGUGGUGGCCAAGAAAAAUCCCAGGGUCAAGGGCACGGUGCUGCUGCUGCUACUGCUGCUGCUGGUGUCGAGCAUGUGAAUGGGCACGUGAACGGGCAUGUGAAUGGGCAUGUGAACGGGCAUGUGAAUGGGCAUGUGAACGGGCAUGUGUACAUGCAUGCGUACGCAUCACCAGAGUAUGUGAUUAGCGGCGGAAAUAAUAUGCAUCAGCGUGGGUGCAUGGUCGGCUAUGGCCAUGCGAACGGGCAUGCCUAUGGUCACUUGAGCGAGCAUUUGAACGGUCGUGCGAAUGGGCAUCAGAACGGGCAUCAGAAGGUGUGA